CCCCAGCCUUUCCUUUGUCUUGUUGGAAGAGUAUUCGAGUGAUCAUGCCACGAAUUUGCAAACGACCAGCGCCGCUGCACAUUCAGAAAGAAAAGCCCGAUUUCUUCCACGACGGCGUCAAAUACGACGUCGCCGGAGUCGUCUACGUGAUUGCCAGAUCCCCAUUCAUAUCCCUGCUCAAACGCUCGAACGAGAUCGUCAAGCGUCUGCACGCUCCCCCUAGCAAGUCCAAAAAGGGACAGAGCAAAAAAGUAGUAACCCUCGUCGGCCUCGGCGAGGCGAUUCCGAAAACGCUCUCGCUCGGUCUGAGGUAUAAGGAGAUGGGCUAUAAGAUCAUCAUCACGACAGAUAUUGUGAAAGUGCAGGAUGAGAUACUGUUUCUUAACUGGUCCGAGGACACUCGAGGGGCUAUGGCUACCAAAAAUAGAUCAGUCAGUCGGGUUGAGAUUGCGGUCUCAUUAGGUGACGAAACCAAAAAGAUUAGCCAGAAGACUGCGAGUCUUGCACCUCCGUGAAUGAGGAUCGAGAGACGGUUUGAUGAGUUUUUUGCAUUGCGGGUUUUGCGUUUUGUGGGUUUUGGGUGUUUUAGUUUAUGUGAAUUGUUAUAUUUGGUUUAUUGGAACAAGAAUCAAGUUUUACAUUAUAUUUGUCGCUAUUUGUUCAGGUACCUCACCAAUGCUAUGGACUUGAAACAGAGAUUGCAACGGACUUGAAACAGAGAUUUAUCAUCAUCAUCAUCAUCUCACCAACGCUUACCAGAUAUUAGAAGUCAUCUAUCUACAACGAAGUAAGAGAGUCG